AUGAUGCGUAAAGUGUCCCGCUUGUUUUUGAGCCUUCAAUUAAUUUGGCUGCUUACCUCGGAGCAUCUUUUAGCCUGGCCUACUAUACAAAUUCCCAGAGACAUGUGGGAGCCGGGAAUUUUUCCGCCUGACGUUCCCCGACUUUCUGCAAAGAAUGCUAUUGCUGUCUCCAAUAUGAAUGAACGAGGCAAACCGCCAGUUAUGCAGGAUUUGUCCCAUAUAUUUGGCAAGCUUGAAAUGGAUGACGAAUACACAGUUCCUGAGUUGCCAAAUUUUGCUGUGGUUACUGAUGAGAAACAAGAAAGCAUAGAGGAUAACAAGGCGGAUGAGAAAGCUGACGACGAACUGGAUCAGAUCAUUGGUGAGGAACAAGUACCCCAGAAAGGUGCCAAGCUACUCUCCGGUUUAUACGGUACAUACGGUACUUAUGGUCCGGCAGCCGUCAGCUUGGUGCCGGUGGUUCAGACAGCUUAUCAGGCACAAGCCUAUGUCCCGGUGGCCGUACCUGUGCACCCCGUGGUUCACGUCCAGCCAGUUGUGCAAGUGCCCAAAUUGGUUGCUGUAAUGCAACCCACGGGUCUUGUUCAGUCCAGUGUUGUCAGUAGUCUACAAAGCCAGCAGUCGGUUAUCGCCGGGGCACAACCCACAGUCACGGAUCAGCAAAGCCGGAUGACAAUCCCGCAACAAGUCAUCCAGCCACAGCCGGUUGUUCAGCCGUCUCAGGUCGUUCAACCACAGCCCGUCGUCCAAGCGCAGCCGGUUAUCCAAUCACAACCAGGCGUGCAGACGCAGCCCGAUUUUCAAACUCAAGGUCGCAUGCAACUGCCCGACACAAAUGGACAUCUUUUAGCCUGGCCUACUAUACAAAUUCCCAGAUGUGGGAGCCCGGAGCAUCUUUUAGCCUGGCCUACUAUACAAAUUCCCAGAGACAUGUGGGAGCCGGGAAUUUUUCCGCCUGACGUUCCCCGACUUUCUGCAAAGAAUGCUAUUGCUGUCUCCAAUAUGAAUGAACGAGGCAAACCGCCAGUUAUGCAGGAUUUGUCCCAUAUAUUUGGCAAGCUUGAAAUGGAUGACGAAUACACAGUUCCUGAGUUGCCAAAUUUUGCUGUGGUUACUGAUGAGAAACAAGAAAGCAUAGAGGAUAACAAGGCGGAUGAGAAAGCUGACGACGAACUGGAUCAGAUCAUUGGUGAGGAACAAGUACCCCAGAAAGGUGCCAAGCUACUCUCCGGUUUAUACGGUACAUACGGUACUUAUGGUCCGGCAGCCGUCAGCUUGGUGCCGGUGGUUCAGACAGCUUAUCAGGCACAAGCCUAUGUCCCGGUGGCCGUACCUGUGCAACCCGUGGUUCACGUCCAGCCAGUUGUGCAAGUGCCCAAAUUGGUUGCUGUAAUGCAACCCACGGGUCUUGUUCAGUCCAGUGUUGUCAGUAGUCUACAAAGCCAGCAGUCGGUUAUCGCCGGGGCACAACCCACAGUCACGGAUCAGCAAAGCCGGAUGACAAUCCCGCAACAAGUCAUCCAGCCACAGCCGGUUGUUCAGCCGUCUCAGGUCGUUCAACCACAGCCCGUCGUCCAAGCGCAGCCGGUUAUCCAAUCACAACCAGGCGUGCAGACGCAGCCCGAUUUUCAAACUCAAGGUCGCAUGCAACUGCCCGACACAAAUGGAGUGAACACACAAACUGGCACCUCACAAACGCAACAGCAGCAACAAACAGCCCAGCAGUCAUCUGUCACUAUCCGACACCAGAUAGCUCCGCAACAUAUCCACAUUGUCAUCCCAAAAUCGAAACAGCCAAUGAAAGCUGGCCACUAUAAGUCUUACUAUUGA